UAACACUACAGUAAAAGAAUUUGAAUGAAAUCAAAGUGUUAAAACAGUUUUGUCUAAUUAUUUACGUAAAAAAAUGAGAAUAAGAAUUCGAAGGGAAUCAGUAAAAUGCGAAUUUAAUUAAUUUGUUAAAAUAUGACUCCAUGUGUGUACAUACGGUUUGAUCAGUUGUUUUCUUCAUUGUGUCAGUGUGUCUAAGCAGCAGGCCAUCAUGCCCGGUCAGUCCUAUGAGCUGGAAGACGGGACCAGCAGCUUCAAAGACUUUCACGGGAGCAGAAAUAACCGUUUCUCCUCUCCAGAGCAGGCAGCAAAGAACCGCAUUCAGCAUCCCAGCAACGUCCUACACUUCUUCAACGCAGCACCCGAGGCUUCACCAGACUCCUUUACCAGGGUCUGUGAAGAACUUGGGGUAAAGAGCCCUUCCAAUGUCAAACUUUUUGCAGCUAAAGGUUCCACAUCAGAGAGGAGUUCGUCAGGGCUUCUGGACUGGGAGUCUGUUAAUGACGCCAUGGAAGCUCUUGCUAUGAUGAACCAUUACCAGAUGAAAAACCCCAGUGGCCCAUACCCAUAUACACUCAAGCUGUGCUUCUCUACUGCACAGCAUGCAAACUGAACAGCAUCAUCGUCAUCGCUCACCCCAUCACUUCACCUUCCUGAUACUUUAUUGUCCUUAAUGGCUCAUUUGUGUGAGUGGGUGUGCAGACGUGUUGAGUUAAUCUUAUGUUGAUUGAGCCGCAACCCAAGCUGAGAGUAAAACUGACUGAACUCAUUGCUUUUAAAGGAAGAGGAGAGUUGAAACGCUUUUGUACCAGUAUUUUGGUUUUGUUACUGUUUUGUUCUUUUUUUUUUUGCUUACAAUGAUUGACUGUUAGCUGUGGGCUCAGCACCUCACUUUUAGAAAUGUCACUCUGUAAAGACGAUUGCAUUUUUUUUUGGACUAAAAUAAAAAUAGUGAUAAUGGG